AUGUGGAGUGUAAGCAUGCGCCAAGCCUGUGGCUCAGCCUCCCACGUGAUGCGCGAAGGAUUUGGAAUACGCAUAGGUUGGCAUGAUUUUACACACGCCUGGAUCGAAUCCUCCGGGUUCUCGAGCCAUUUCCCUGGGCAGUCAAACCAGGGCACGACAAGAGAUCCUGUUAGCCUUGUUCAAAGGUUUAAAGAGCUCGCGGCCACCGAGCACAAUCUCAUCUCCGGCAAGCCAACAUGUGUCCGAAGGAUUGAGGCAUUCGAGGGUCUAGUCGUAGCUGGAGACAUUGCUGCAUGGCUGACCGGCGAUACCGGCGAGAUGUGGGAGGACUACUUCUACUGGCAGCGGCUCGGGUUCAAAGAGGAUGGGUCGGUCUUUGCCGCUCAAAGGAUGCGCUUCGAGCAGCCGCAUGAAUGGUGGGAAAGCUUUUUGCUUAAUUCCGACGGCUAUGCCCUCUUUGUACGCUGGGACUACAUGACAAGGAGCCGCAUCUUGUGCGUCGCUCUGUACUUUCUGCCAGAGGAUCGGAAGCUUUAA